AGCUGGGCCGGCGCGCGGGGCCGGCGGACGCGGACUAUGAGUCUGAGCUCUGCGAGGCGGCGGCGGGGGACGCGGUGGCGGUAGCACCGGCGCCCGCGGCCGCGGAGCCCGCCGACUUGGAUUUUGGAGCCGGCGAGGGCCACCACCUGCAGCACAUCAGCGACCGGGAGAUGCCCGAAGAUUUAGCUUUGGAAUCAAACCCUUCUGACCACCCAAGGGCAAGCACAAUUUUCCUCAGCAAAUCUCAAACGGAUGUGCGUGAAAAGAGGAAGAGCAACCAUUUAAACCAUGUAUCUCCAGGGCAGCUCACUAAAAAGUAUAGCUCAUGCUCAACAAUAUUUCUAGAUGACAGCACAGUCAGCCAGCCUAAUCUUAGAACCACAAUAAAAUGUGUGACUUUAGCAAUAUAUUACCACAUAAAGAACAGAGAUGCAAAUAGAUCCCUGGAUAUUUUUGAUGAGAGAUCACAUCCACUCACACGAGAGAAGGUUCCAGAGGAAUACUUUAAACAUGACCCUGAACACAAAUUUAUUUACAGAUUUGUUCGUACUCUUUUUAGUGCUGCACAGCUAACAGCUGAAUGUGCAAUUGUAACUUUGGUUUACUUAGAAAGGCUUUUAACUUAUGCUGAGAUCGACAUUUGUCCCACUAACUGGAAAAGAAUUGUUUUGGGAGCCAUUCUUCUUGCCUCCAAGGUUUGGGACGAUCAGGCUGUAUGGAAUGUGGACUACUGCCAGAUCCUCAAGGACAUUACAGUUGAGGACAUGAAUGAGAUGGAAAGGCAUUUCUUGGAGCUACUCCAGUUCAAUAUUAAUGUUCCUGCCAGUGUUUAUGCCAAAUACUACUUUGACCUUCGCUCCUUAGCAGAUGAUAACAACCUGAACUUUCUCUUUUCUCCUCUCAGCAAAGAAAGAGCACAGAACUUAGAGGCCAUUUCAAGAUUAUGUGAAGACAAAUACAAAGACUUAUGUAAAGCUGCUAUGAGGAGGUCUUUCAGCGCUGACAAUUUCAUUGGUAUUCAGCGCUCUAAUGCCAUACUCUCUUAAGAUGGAGAAAUGACCGGUGGUAACAUCAUGCACUCCUCAUCUACAAAGACUGGAGAAAUAUCACCUCUCCUGCUCGAAACCAGCAAAGUUAGUGUUCUAACCGAAAGGAGAGACCUCAAAUUCAAGACAUGAACAAUACACUUGCACUUGCUAGGGAAGAAUGGGACCUUGUCAAAGCAACAAUACACAAUUACUGUCCUCUUUAAUGUAAACAGAGUUACAAAAACCACUCCAAAGCAAAGCUCCAAACCCACACACAGUUAUUUGCUUACUGUGUAGGCUAAUAGCUGUGAACUUUGUGAGGUUUUUUUAAAAUUAGUAGUUUAAAUUUUUAGACUCUAAAAACACUAACCACAUAACAUUCAUUUUUUAAAUUGUUUCUGCUCCUCUCCCCCAUAUUGCUGCAAAUGCCUUCAGAAUUGAUGCAGUAUUACCAUUUCAACAUAGGACACACACACACAUAUACCUGCCGGUAUCCAUCUAGGCUGGGAAUCAUCGAUGGGUCUAGCACAUACAUGCUAGGCAAGUUCUCAACCACUGAGCCCAGCCCCAAACAUAGGACUUUGAACACCCAUGAAACCACUUAGGAGAAGAUUGUAGCAUUGUUUGGUAUUGAAGACUCUUCCUACUGUACCAUUAAAGCUGCUAGUCAUUAUUGGCAAUCAAUUUAAACCAAAAAGCUGCUGGAUAACACUUGCCAUUCAUAUUCUUUGCGAGCACUACUUACUACCAUUUUGGCAUGAUUGGGGUCAUAAAAAAAAAACGCUUCUGUUGGGUCUACAGUGUAUUUUUUGUGAAUUAUUAAUGGUGCUUCUUAUUUUCUGAUAAGUUUCCUCUUAUUUGUUGAAGUGUAUUAAAGGAUAUUUUCAUAAUGCCAACCAACAUAGUUGUCCAGUGACAGCAGUUGUGCCGAAAGCUGUGGCGCAGUCUGACGCUUCGGCUCCGGUGCUGGGGUUCUGCAGGCACCGCAGGAGGGCAGAAGCUGCAACGUGAACAAAACAUCAUUUCCAAGUUUCAAUUUUGCAAAUACCUUCUAGAGCCACUUGAAGAUGGCAAACAUUUGUCUGAAAUAAAUUAAGGCCUAAGAUUCCAAAUUUGCAAAACCAAAGUCAUGUGACUUAACUUCCAAAUGAUGUUUUCUAAGUGUGUAGCGCACUUUCAACAGCCAUCAAGGCUCAGAAUUCCAUUCAGGUUUUUGGGCUACUUUGUGUGUCUGUAGAAGUACCUGCCUGUUUUGAAAAUAGUUCUUUAUAGGAUGACUCCAUAUGCUUUGGUCACCUAAACCUCUUUCCUCUAGAUUUAGAGGAAAUGUAGUAAGUGAAAAGGAGUUGGACCCCUAUAGCGGCAAGUGAACUGGAAAUUUUUUUUUGUUUUUGUUUUAAAUCUCUGUGUUAACCUGACUCUGGGUCCCAUUCAAGUCCUUUUUAAGAGGGAACUUAAAGGGACCUUAAGUACCCCUUACUUUAAAAAAGGGCAAGGAAUAAUUUUAGAUUGACCAAAGUGCCGCUUAAAUUUGAAAUAGUGAAGAAAAACAGUUUUCUCAACUAUGUGAAAUCUGUCUUCUCAAGUGUAAUCUAAGGAAUCUUGCCUGUAAACCAAGCCUUUCUGGCCAAGAAUACUUUUCUCUCAGUACAGCAGUGCUUCACAGGGUAUUGAAUGCUACAAAUACCAUCAUCUUAAAGGACAGCCACAAAUGAUCACUAAUGACGUGUGAAAUAUUACAAUCUACCACC